GUUUCCGCUUUCUUCCAUAUAUAAGUGUGUGUGUUAGAACAGAAGUUAAAAAGUGUAUUGUGACUGCACCUUAAUUCAAGAAGACCAAGACAAUCUUCAGAAGAACUAUCUGUGACAAGGUUUUUGGGAAAGACAAGAUCUCCCUGGGAACUGAAUGUUAAAACACAGGCUGAAGGUUCUUUUGUCUGUUUGUGUCUCUGAGGUAGCCAAUCCACAUUACUGCAAAGUAGUGUGAAACACUCAUCUGGUGAUCAUGGAGUCGAGAGCCUUCUGUCUGCUGAUGCUCUGCUGUUUUAUCAAUGUCUGCAACCUUCAUCCUCUCAACAUUCGUCCCAGUAAUGGACUUCGUUUGUGCCGCAAAAACUCAAGUUUAUCAGCGCUGGAGGUUCUACCAGGAGGAGGCUGGGAUAACCUGCGCAACAUAGACAUGGGCCGGGUGAUGAAUCUGAGUUAUUCCCAGUGUCAGACCACAGAAGACGGAGUCUAUCUCAUUCCAGAUGAAGUCUUUGUCAUUCCACAGAAAGUGAGCGGAGUGGAAACAAACUCUGAGAUCAUCAUGUCAUGGCUGGAACAAAAUAGCUUUUCUUCUAAAUCAAUCAAUGCAGAGGUUUCCUUCUUUUCGCUGCUCAAUGCCAAAUUUUCCACCGAAAGCCAGCGUAUGAAAACUCACCAAGUGAAAGACAGCUCUGUGACAGCACGAGUGCAAGUCCGUAACCAUCUGUACACAGUAAAGGCGUAUCCUGACUUCACUCUGGACUCCCGCUUUGCUCGACAGGCUGAAGAAAUCGCAGAUGCUAUUGAAAACAAUCAAACUCGUCAAGCAACAUAUCUGUCAGAGAAACUUAUUCUUGAUUAUGGCACCCAUGUCAUCACAAGUGUUGAUGCUGGUGCCACUUUGGUGCAAGAGGACUAUUUAAAAAUGUCUUACAUAUCUAACAGUCAGUCAGACACGUCUUCUGUUUCUGCAUCCGCAGGAGUUAACUUUUUUAACAAAGUUCGGUUUGAUAUUGGUUCCAGUACAUCCCAUGGAACCUCUCAAACCAGUGGUUAUCAGGGUAAUAUCACAUAUUCGUUAACUGAGAGCCACGGAGGCACUUUAUUCUACCCAGGCAUCACUCUGCAGAAGUGGCAAGAGAGUACACUUAAUAAUUUGGUGGCUAUUGACCGCUCCGGUCUGCCGAUUCACUAUUUUCUAAAUCCAUCAACAUUCCCAGACCUCCCAGUACCAACAGUAAAUAAAAUAGCUUCAUCAGUUCGUGAUGCUGCAGAGCAAUACUAUAAAGUAAAUACAAUUCCAGGGUGUAUAAAUCCAGAUUCUCCAAAUUUCAACUUUCAAGCAAAUGUAGAUGAUGCAUCUUGCGAGGGUCCAGUCACCAAUCUUAGCUUUGGUGGCGUUUACCAACGAUGCACUCCUCUGACAUCAGAUGGAAAUGCUAUUUGUGAUGAAACAGCACAGAAAAACCCAGCUACUGGUGAUUAUUCUUGUCCUCAGCAGUACACCACCACCCUGUUACGCUCUGAGACAGUAGAACAAGGUUAUAAUCAUUAUGAAUGCCACAGCCACUGUCGCAAAUGUGGUUUCUUAUGGUUGUCUACUUGUUGUGACCAAACAUGUGGUGAUGCUUACCAUGUCCGUCGUGCAAAAGUUGAAACUUACUGGUGUUCCUCAACUCAGAAAGCCCCCGAGUACUCUGGAUAUCUUUUUGGAGGUCUAUUUAGACCAGGAAUGCAAAACCCACUGACCAAAUCUAAUAGCUGUCCUCCAAACUACUUUCCCCAACACUUUUUGUCUAAUGGCAUGAUGGUUUGUAUGAGCAAUGAUUAUGAGGCCGGAACAAGAUUCUCUGUGCCUUUUGCUGGUUUCUUCAGCUGCCAAUCUGGCAACCCUCUUGCAAAGGGUCAAUCUCGCUGUCCACCUCAGUUUAGCCAACAUCUUGCUGCCGUUAGUGAUGGCUGUCAGAUAUUGUACUGUGUCCAGUCCGGUGUGUUCACUGGUGGCCAGUUAAUGCCUAUCCGCCUCCCACCAUUCACAAGACCACCCAUGGUCAGCAUGAUUGCAACAAACACUGUAGCUGUAAUGACAGAAGGUGAUCGUUCUUGGGUGAGAGUUGGAGAAACUAAGAUGUGGAGACUGGCAAAGCCUGGUGAAAUUAAUCCAAUGGCAUCAAUGUUUGACACAUCAUCUUCUCAAAUGUCUGGAGGAGAAAAAGCUGGUGUAGCCAUUGGGGUAAUGGUCCUGGUUGCUCUUGUUAUUGCAGGAGCAGUGUUCAUGAAAAGUAGAAAGAGGUUUUCUGCCAUUAGGUUAAGGAGAGGGUAUGAAGAGAUUCAUACCGAGGAACUAUCAUAAUUAUUUUUUGAAAGAUGACUGUUUGGAGAUGUAUAAUGUUAUAAUGAAUAUGAUUAGGCAUAGAAAAAGUUGGCAGCAGCAGUAACAGUUACAGUAGUUAUACUAGUAGUGGUCUCAGUCAGUAAGCAUGUAACUAAAAGUACAUUUUUACAUUUGUCUUACAGCUAACAAGUAUUUGAAUAACUUCUGAAAUAUUUUGUUUUUGUUGACGUUGUGACAAAAAAUUAAACAAAUAAUUGUUAACUAAAUACAUUUUUAAAAAAUGAUUCAGCUUGAGCCUGAUUGGGAGAGUUGUGUAGUGUAAAGUGACUGUAAUUACGCACAAGCUUUAUACAGGUUAUUCCACUAGAUGGUGUUAUAUAUAAAGCUUUAAGUGAUAUAGCAUUCCUUCAGUUUAGAUUUGACUUCAUUUGUUUCUUAAAUAUCAACAUUGUAUAAAGUUUGUGCAUAAUUAG